UCAUCGCAAGAGUGACGUAUGAACGGCCGAAGAAACGAAAACGAAAGAAAAGCCUUUCUGUGCCGUUGUUAUCUUCUAAUAAUUCUGAAGAAUGGAGACAAACGGCCAGGCUAAUGGGCUUAAAUCUAAAAAGAAAGAUAAUGGCGACGCGAAGGACAAUUUUUGGUCUUCGGUCUUGGAGGAAGUCCAGAAUCAAGGGAACACAAAACUACCUUCAAACAAAAAUGUGUUAGUUUUGGGUGAUAAUGAGACUGGCAAAACCACUUUGGUAGCAAAAUUACAAGGAGUAGAGGACCCUAAGAAAGGGUCGGCUUUGGAGUACGCAUACAUAGAUGUUAGAGAUGAAUACCGGGAUGAUCACACACGUCUCAGUGUAUGGGUGCUGGACGGUGAUCCAGGACACACAAACCUGCUCAAAUUCGCCCUCAACGAGGAUACAUUCCCGCACACACUGGCGCUUCUCACGGUUGCCAUGACGACGCCGUGGGGCGUGCUGGACCAGCUGCAGAGCUGGGCAUCAGUGCUCGGCGACCACAUAGAUAAAUUGGAUCUCACACCUGAACAAAGACUAAAUAGUAAAAAGCAGCAAGUGCAGAAGUGGCUUAGGUACACGGAGCCGGGCGACGAGCUGGAGCCGACGGCCUCGUCUCCCAUGAAGCGGUCUUCCAGGAACCUGUCGGAUGACUUCGAAAAUGGAGACGACGACGACAGCCCGCUGCCUGAAGCGGUGCUUACCACGAAUCUGGGGCUGGAUAUUGUGGUGGUUGUCACAAAGACCGACUACAUGACAACCCUGGAGAAAGAGCACGACUACCGCGACGAGCACUUCGACUUUAUGCAGCAGUGGGUGCGGCGGUUCUGCCUGCAGUACGGCGCCGCUCUGUUCUACACCAGCGCUAAGGAGGACAAGAACUGCGACCUGCUGUACAAGUACCUCACGCAUCGGAUAUACGGCCUGCCCUUCCGGACGCCCGCGCUCAUUGUGGAGAAGGACGCUGUGUUGAUACCCGCUGGCUGGGAUAGUAUGAAGAAAAUUAGUAUAUUAUAUGAAAACAUGCAGUCAUGUAAACCGGACGACUACUACAGAGACGUUAUUGUACAGCCCGCUAUACGAAAAAGCGGCGCCAGUCGCGAAGCCGAGGUGCAAGCGGAGGACGAGCAGGCGUUCCUGCAGCGGCAGCUGGCGGCGCUGCAGGCCGGCUCGCCCGCGCCCGCGCGCGCCGACUCGCCGCUGCGCGCCACGCACCGCGCCGCCGCACAGGUACAGUACCUUUCCUUAGGACGCUGUACACCUUACCCAUUCAACAGCACAGGUACAGUCCCUUUCCCCAUGCCGCUGCACAGGUACAGUCCCUCGUCCCGAGCACCAGGUGGACUGCAGGCGGAGCACGAGCAGGCGUUCCUGCAGCGGCAGCUGGCGGCGCUGCAGGCCGGCUCGCCCGCGCCCGCGCGCGCCGACUCGCCGCUGCGCGCCACGCACCGCGCCGCCGCACAGUUGGACGGCACAAAAAUCGGCAUGGGCCCCGGCACGCCCGGCAACGAGGGCGUGUUGGCCAACUUCUUCAACUCGCUGCUGUACAAGAAGACGGGAUCACCCGGCGGCCGGCCCGCCGACAGUUCACCGGCCGCCGCCGCCGCCGCCGCGCGCUCCGACGCCGCCGCCGAGCUCGACCGGCUCACGCGCGCCAAGCCGCGCCAGCCGCCGCCGCUCGACCUCAACUCGUCGUCCGAGUGCUAG